AGGGAUACAGCCUGACGUUGUUCGGCUCUAGCCUCUUUGACGCCAGGAGAGGAGCAAGCGGGGAAGGAGUGAAAAAAGGGAAAAAAAAUAUCCUGCUUCAUGUUGGUUGGUGAAAACAGAGGAAAGGUCGAGGGACGUUGUGAUUUUAAUCCAAGGUGCUGAACUGUAAAUUUGCCCUUUCCUUGCGUCUAUCCUGUUUUUAGCAUGGAUUAGAGCAGCUGCAUUCUACUUGAUUUGGAGUACACCACUGGUUUAACAGCAGCUCCAAUUAUUGGUUGUUUCCCCACAUUAGUUCCCAAGUGGUUGUGACCUUCUUACACCAACACCCCCACCCCACCCCCUCCAGUGCAGGCCUUCCUGAUCACCAGCAGCUGCGUCCUGCCUCCGUUUCCUGUCCUUGGCCGUGCAAGGCUAAAAGUCUUCAACUCUCUAAAUACAUCCCCACUGCAAACACACCCACACGAAAACAGGCAUCCUCCUGGCCCGGCACAGCCCAACUAGCGGUCCAGCUCCCUCUUCCUGGUGCAGUGUGGCACGAUGACCUCCAUGUCCAGUCUGUUUUCGUUCACCAGCCCAGCAGUGAAGCGCCUGUUGGGCUGGAAGCAGGGAGAUGAAGAGGAGAAGUGGGCUGAGAAGGCUGUGGAUGCACUGGUGAAAAAGCUGAAGAAAAAGAAAGGUGCAAUGGAGGACCUGGAGAAGGCCUUAAGUAGCCCUGGGCAGCCCAGCAAGUGUGUGACCAUUCCUCGUUCACUGGAUGGCCGUUUGCAGGUGUCCCACAGGAAGGGACUCCCACACGUUAUCUACUGUCGUGUGUGGCGCUGGCCUGACCUUCAGUCACACCACGAGCUCAAGCCUCUGGAAGUGUGUGAAUACCCAUUUGGCUCCAAACAGAAGGAAGUUUGCAUCAACCCUUAUCAUUACAAGCGGGUAGAAAGUCCUGUGCUUCCACCUGUGUUGGUGCCUAGACACAGCGAGUUCAACCCCCAGCACAGCCUUUUGGUGCAGUUUCGCAACCUGAGCCACAAUGAGCCACACAUGCCUGUGAAUGCCACCUAUCCUGAGUCUUUCCAGCAGCACAGCGGUGGGAGCUCCUUCUCCAUAUCUCCAAAUUCACCGUAUCCACCUUCUCCUGCCAGCAGUGGCACAUACCCUAACUCUCCUGCCAGCUCGGGUCCAUCCAGCCCUUUCCAGCUUCCAGCUGACACCCCUCCCCCUGCCUACAUGCCUCCAGAGGAGUCAAUGGGACAGGAUGGCUCUAAUCCCAUGGAUACUGGCAGCAGCAUGGUGCCAAGAGGAGAUGUGCAGCCUGUAGAGUAUGAAGAGCCAAGUCACUGGUGCUCUAUUGUGUACUAUGAGCUGAAUAACCGUGUUGGUGAGGCUUACCAUGCCUCUUCAACUAGCGUGUUGGUGGAUGGUUUCACUGAUCCAUCCAACAACAAAAAUCGCUUUUGCCUGGGCCUUCUGUCCAAUGUCAACCGCAACUCAACAAUUGAGAACACCCGCCGCCAUAUUGGAAAAGGUGUUCACUUGUAUUAUGUUGGAGGAGAGGUGUAUGCUGAGUGUUUGAGUGACACCAGCAUUUUCGUGCAAAGCAGGAAUUGCAACUACCACCACAGCUUCCACCCUACCACCGUCUGCAAGAUCCCAAGUGGCUGCAGCCUCAAGAUCUUCAACAAUCAGGAGUUUGCUCAGCUGCUCGCCCAGUCGGUCAAUCACGGCUUCGAGGCUGUAUAUGAGCUCACAAAGAUGUGCACUAUUCGCAUGAGUUUUGUGAAGGGUUGGGGAGCUGAAUAUCACCGACAGGAUGUGACCAGCACCCCCUGCUGGAUAGAAGUGCAUCUGCAUGGUCCUCUUCAGUGGCUGGACAAAGUACUAACACAAAUGGGUUCACCAGUGAACCCCAUCUCCUCAGUUUCCUAAUGAUGGGCCCUUCAUGGGCUGAGAGGAUGUUUUUAAUUUUUUUUUUUCUCCAGUUUCAAAAGAAAUGGAGGUCUUAAGGGCUGAACUGUUUA